AAUCCACUCGUGUUCCUCGCACGGUGAACUGUGCGCCACAGCGAACGCGGGGCACAUAGUACAGCGACGGCAGCGUCUACUCUGUCACAGGCGGACUGCGCUCAGUCUGAGGCUGACUGCUGUUGUCCACACUCCGGUGAACCGGACUCGCGUCUCUCCGCCGCUCCAUCUCCGAACCCAUCCAAAUACCCCGAACGCCGCUUCUUAGCGGAGACGAGCUUUUCCCAUUCGAGCAGAAACACGAGAGAAGCCGGUCGGGAAGUCGCUCGUCCGAACGCCGUUUUAAAGGCGCACUCUCAAGUCCACCUGGAUAGCCGACAGAGCUGUCCGGUCCGGUUCGAGGUCCAGUGGGGAGACGGCCAGGAGAAAUAAGCGCGGAAAGGCGAGAGCAAGAAACCCUGAAGACAGGAUGAACCUCAACUGUCAUUUGAUUUUCAGCCUCUACACUAUUUAUGGGAUUCUUUCGAAAGUGAUGGCAUCAAAAGGCAAAGUUCGAGGCGCCAGCGGUCAGCACCCUUUGGUUCAGAACGUGACGGUGACAGAGGGCGGGACGGCGAACCUCACCUGCCGUGUGGAAUAUAAUGACAACACCUCCCUCCAGUGGUCGAACCCAGCACAGCAGACCCUGUUUUUUGGGGACAAGAAAGCUUUAAGGGACAACAGGAUCGAGCUGGUGCGUGCGUCGUGGUCGGAGCUCACCAUCAGCAUCAGCGACGUCACUCUGUCGGACGAGGGCAUGUACACCUGCUCCCUCUUCACCAUGCCCGUCAGAACGGCCAAAGCCUACCUGACCGUUCUAGGCGUACCCGAGAGGCCGGAGAUCGACGGGCUGACGAAGCCGGCCAAGGAGGGAGACUACAUCACCCUGACCUGCAUGACCCAGGGCAGCAAGCCCGCCGCCGACCUGCGCUGGUUCAGGAACGAGAAGGAGGUCAAAGGCGCCAAGGAGGUGAACGCGAGCGGCAAGACGUUCACGGUGCGCAGCUCCCUGCAGCUGCACGUGGACCGGAACGACGACGGAGUGGCCUACACCUGCAGAGUGGACCACGUGGCGCUGGCACAGGCGCCGCAGCAGGCCACCGAAGUGCUGGAGGUCCACUAUGCCCCUCACGUGGAGAUCAUCCACUCCCCCGCCGUUCCUCAGGAGGGCCAGUACUUAAAGCUGGAGUGCGUCUCCAAAGGGAACCCUUCGCCCGAUCCUGUGAUGUGGACGAAGGACGGGACCGACCUCCCCGACCUGGACCGGGUGAUAGUGGAGGGGAGGGAGCUCACCUUCACUUCGCUCAACAAGACGGACAACGGCACCUACCGCUGCGACGCCACCAACCACCUGGGGACCAGCAGCGCCCAGUAUGUGCUCUACGUCUACGACGACCCCACCACCCUGCCACCAUCCACCACUCCCCCCUCACAUCCCAUCCCUCCAGAUCCCACUGCUUUAUUAGGCAGCCACGUGUCAGACCCCACAGUCACUGGCAGCAGAGAUCCUAACGCUUUGGGGCAGCACAGCACCGACCACGCCUUGAUCGGAGGGGUGGUGGCUGUGGUGGUCUUUGUCACCUUGUGUUUAAUCAUCGUUCUGGGAAGAUACCUGGCCAGGCAUAAAGGAACGUACUUGACGAACGAGGCCAAAGGAGCGGACGACGCGCCCGACGCCGACACCGCCAUCAUCAACGCCGAGGGCAACCACGCGCACGCGGAGGAGAAGAAGGAGUACUUCAUAUAGACUGCGGGGGGAGCCGCGCCGCUCCUUCGCCUCCCCAUCCGUGCGUCUCUCUUCUCGUCCCCCUCCUCCCCCCUCCUCCCCCCCCCGGGACCCCCUGCCACCGUCAUGACAAUGAGGAACCCACAGACAGAGCGGUUCCCCAAGAGUUUCCCUGUUCCUGCCUUUGUUGAGCCUCUUUCUGUCACACACAUCUCGUAGUUUCCUUUGCUUUUUUCUUUUUUUUUGUGUUGUUUCUUCUCCGGCAGCCGGUUUUCACAGGCAGCUCGCCGUCGCUGCCAAAUGCCCCCCCCCCCCCCUCCCCCCCUUUGAUAAAUCUGUAUAUCUGCCAUGACUGCUUCGUACGGUACACGAGCCCCCGUCUCCCCAUCGGCCAGACACGCGAAGCGCAUUCGAUGUCCCCUUCGUUCACGCACGUCCGCGACCACAUAUCAUAACUCACAUCAACACGGUGCCUAAAAAUACAGACGCCAUUGAACUUCUGUCAAUGCCUUCAUGUAUCGUCUGUCUGUAGCAAUGUAAAUGCUUCGUAGGUGGUUCAAGGACCAUGAUUCCGUCGCUUAGUUCACAGCUUUUGAUUAUGCAUCGCAUACUUUUAUUUGAAUGAAGAUCUGUGCUGUUUACGCCUUAUACAUGCCUAUCACACUGAAUAUGGUACUUUGAGCGCCACCUCCCCAUCCCCUCCAAAUAGACUUGUAAUUAAACAGUCGACCUGUGUAAGAUAAGCAGAAGGUUUUGUGUGACACUGUAACGAGAUAAGAUAAGUGUAUGGUUUUCAUUAUUAGGGUAGGGGUAAUAAAGGGUAGUGCGGUGUUGUUUAGAGCAGAGAAUACACACCAAAAAUAUAUCAAAGACGCUAGAAGAAGCAUUCCAUACGAUGAGUCCAACCCAACGCAUCAUAAACUCUUUUGCUAAACCUGCCGUCACCUUUGUCUGUAUAUUCCUGCACUAUCCAGGCUGCAGUUUAGCAAAACACCAACACCUUCAGUGUCCUGACCGUUACAGCUCCCGUAGUCCAAGGGUCCAGGUGUACAGAAAGAGCUCCUCUCUCUAAAAGCUGUAUAAAUUGUAUUGAAGUGAAGUUUAGCUUUUAACUUUGAAGAUUUUGUUUUUCUUUGUAUUUAUGUCGCAUUGAAAUCAUUUUAAAGGUUCAACGACCCUGUGAAAUGCAAAGCAAACCAUUAGGAGUCACCGCGGACGAAACGAGUGCACGGCUCCGCAGUCGCAUGUACAGGAACGUCAGGAAGUCCUUUUGAUGCCUCGUGUAAGCGUGAGGCCCAGGCAGCUCUCCACAGUGCUUUCUAUGAGAAUUUCUGUUUCUGAUGGGUAAUCAAUCAUAUUCUCACUUGCUGAUAAUGAUGCUAACAGUUUCCCAAUGACAGAAGAAGAUAACGGCAGCGCUUCCCCUUCUACAGCUGCAUAACUGCUCGUCUCAUUUCAGUUUUGUCACAGUCGCUCUCCGUGAGCAGCACUUUGAUUUCCAUUUCAUGGGGUCUUCAAGCAAAAAGGAAAAAAAAAGAAAAGAAAAAGGAAAGUGUGUGUGUGUGUGUGCGUGUGUGUGUGUGUGUGUGUGUGUGUGUGUGUGUGUGUGUGUGUGUGUGUGUGUGUGUGUGUGUGUGUGUGUGUGUGUGUGUGUGUGGGUCAUAAAUCUGCAGGGGCCUCCUUUCCAAAACUAAAAACUGAAGACAAACAGAGAAGCACAAACAUUUGUGAAUGACUAAGUGUGUUCCUUUGCCAACAACUAGAUCGCCUUGGGAAUAGUUCCUCUAUUCAAACAAGGGAAAGAUGACGAGGCUUUGAUUCCAUCCUGGAGAAAAAAAAACACAGUGCAUCUUUUUGCAAAUGUAAGCUGAAUCAUCUUUUUUAUAUAAAAAUAAAUGUUUCUAAUAUUUUUGGUUUAAACGGUUCUAAGCUCCCUAAGAUGUAUAUCGUGUCUGCUAAAAUGUGGUUGAUUGUGAAAAUUGCUGUUAAAUUCUGGAUUCCCGUAUUCCUUCAAAUUUGUAUAUUAGCCAUUUUAUUUAAUUCAAUCAUCUUUCAUUACAGUUCUUAGAGAUCUUUCUUUUGGCACAAGGCAUGUAUAUAAUCUAUAAGAACUAAACUUUGGUAAAACACAUUAGCAUCUUUUUUUUUCCCCCAUUCAUUUUCACGUUUCAUUUACUUGAAGUUUUGGAGGGAACAAAGAUGAAAGUGUGUUUGUAGCUUCAUUUUAAAGAACAGUGUUUGCGGCGUGUUUUUAAACCCGCAUCUCUGAAGGAUUUGACAUGAAAAUAUAGUAUUUUUAAAAUACAAUGAACAGGAAAGAAACCCGAACAAAACCCAGUUAAACGAAUGAUGGCGUCCUGUAAAGUGUCCUUUUGUUUUAAAAAUGCAAGAAAAUGUGCAUCUGUCUUCACUAGAUCCUUAUAAUGCGAGUUGGAAUUGAAAACAUCACCUUUAUCCUGGAGGCAAAGAAAGUUUUACCCACUGAGACAAACGUCACACCACAGAACAUGUGCUUCUUGUCAUACGUCCCCGAUGUUGAUCUUUCUUCAGUUUGAAGGAUUUUUCUGAUCUCUUCUCCCGUAACAGAGCAGUCAACACUGUGGCUUCUGGCAGGAAAGGACCUAAAGGCAACUAAUCUGCUAAUAGCAAGAAAAUUAUUACCAAGGGCAAUAAAACAUUGGGCCCAGCUGCCUUCAGUUCAGUGGCCAAUUUACAACAUUAUGCAAAUAGGGUCACACAGUAAAGUCUUUCACUGCUGGAGUGAAUCACAAGGUGGGAAUCAUACGAUCGAUCACCUUGGUUUCUUUCAUUUGUAGGAUUUAGCGACACGUUACAUUUUAAAUGUCUUUUUUUUUUAAGCAGAAGCCACAAUUUCCAUAUUUUACAGUUUCACUUCAAUCAAUACACAAACUAGGGCCUCACCACACACGUGUGAUGUUCUAGACUGGCUCUGGGCUUUAGAACCCUUGUGGAUCAUGUGUGAGGAGAGACAUUAACCACAGUGAGGUGAUCCUUUUGUUUGUUUAAAUGUCUUUUCAUUGUCUUGGGUGAUAGUGUCAAUCACGUCAUGCCUGUGUAUCCACAUUAGAAACAAGGGAGCCGGUCCAAUGGGUUUGUUGGUUCUAAAGUUGGAGAAAGGCUGAUUUAAAUUAGACGAGCACUCAUAAAUAAGCAGGUCUACAGUGAUGAAUUACUGUUUGCAUUAGAAAUGAAACAGGUGCCAUUUAGUGAAUUAUGCACUCUGAUUAAUUUGAUGGAUUUUUCUUAGUAAGUAAUGAAAUGUUGUUGUUUUUUUUGUCUUUUUUUUAUUUCAUGUAAAUAUUUGUUUUGACAUGAUAGUAAUGAGCUAAUUUGCUGCAAAUGGCUUUUUAUAAUAGUUCGACCAAACAAAUCUUUUGUUAAUUUGUUUUCUAACAGCCUGGCGCCAUCAAGCUCCGCUUUCUUAAUCAACGUUAGCUCCGUUGCAUCUCGGGCUCACUUUUUAGUCGUCGUUCCUUCUGUCGGCUGACACAAAGCUUUAAACUUGUUGCCUCUUUGCUUUCCAACAUAUUAACAACAGUUAGCGUCUCCAGCAUCGCGGGCCUCUAAUUUCAUCCCAGUGACAAGACCGCCGUCGCCCUGCAGUCAAUUUAUUUAGACUCGUCUCUGCUUCUAACUUCUUGGCUCAAAGUAAACUCCCCGUCCUCGUCUGAGCAGCUGCAGAGGAGUUAUAGAAUAAACAUGAACUAAUUUUAUGUUGGCCAAGGCAAAAGUACAGUAUAAAGUUACAAAACUACUAAGUUCUGCCUCUUAAUGGCUUCAACUGCAUUUAAAAGUUGUUUUAAAGACACAAAUUACCAGGCUGUCUAACAACUUGUAUCCAGAGAACCUGAAGGCAUCACGCAGCCAACGUAUGUGUGUGCGCUUCAGGCUAAGAACCAUAAUUAAAAGCAAACUGUAUUAUAGUCGAAGCUGCUGUGAGUUUUGACUAAGUGCAUCUGAUAAAACAAGAUGCGACGGGAGAACGCCACCGACUGCAUCCACAGCCACUUUUCGUGCCUUGCAACUCCGCUGCCGCCGUCGGUCGUCCUUUGCACCGCGCUGCACCUGAAUCACCUCCAGUCACAAAACACCUGGCCCCAUCUUUGCACUAUCAACUGCACUCGUCGCCAGCGUGGAGAAAUUAGAGGCCCUCAGUAACCAACCCUCACCCCCCGACUGAAACGAGCCCAUGGCCGCACUUUUAACUGUUUGCAUUGGCUUUCGUUGACCCGUGACCCGGUCCAGUUGUUCCGCUCCUCCUCUGGUUUGUUCAUACGUGCGUACGUCCGUGUUGCACAGUCUCGGAUCCAGUGCACUUCUUUGUUUCUCUGCAAUACUGACACUCGACUCAAUCAGCCCAGUUUGCAAAGUCACAAUGACGACGUGUGACGCCGUCGCAUGGCGACGCUUUGCUUUUCAUUUGAGUCUCUUUUCUUUUGCAUCUCAGGUAUAUUUUUCAUUUAGCUGUUUUCUGUCUUACGCGGGGACCUGUGAGCACUUUGCACUCUGUCCCCGUGCGCUGACACCAUGUAUCUGAUGAGUUCAAGACUAUCACGAUGUUAAUAAAACUUAUUCAGUGAUUCUUCAGUAAUUCCGUCAUCUCGCUGUAAGAUGUUUUUUUUAUAUGAUCACUGACUUGAAAUACUGAAUUUAGAAAAAAAAAAAUGCUGCAAAUAAUCAUGGGUUUCAAUAACGAUAGAAGUUGUGUUUAUACACAAUAUCAUCUAAUUUUAGCUUAUGUAUGUAAACACUUUAAAGCUUCUUGGUUUUCUCGUAGCAACACACAUCUUUAUGUAUAUCAGUCUUUAGAUGGAAGAGGUUGUGAUGCACCAUCACUAAAACCUAAAUAUUCACAUUAAAGAUCAGGAUUAGCGCUAGCGGAGUUAGUUCGGCGUCUGGUGUACAAUGGUGAAAUAAGGGGUUUCAUAUCAAGCAGCACUGGCGGAGCUUGAUUCAAUACCUAGCACCAUAAUGGAGGUGUUUUCCCCCAUUGUCUGUGGGAUUUAUUCUAUUUAAUUUAGUUUGUUCCCAUGUAUGAAAUGAAAAUUGUUGAAUAAAUAGUUGCCAAAACA